GGGGAGGUGUAUGGGAGCUCCUUCCCAAGGUUCCCGUUGGACAGGUUUGUGGCUUUCAUUGUGCGGCUGUCACUAUCAGGAGCCAGUGACCUUUGAGGACGUGGCUGUGUACUUCACCCAGAAUGAAUGGGUUAUUCUGGACCCUUCACAGAGGGCCCUGUACCGAGAGGUGAUGCUGGAGAAUUAUGCAAAUGUGGCUUCCCUGGCUUUUCUAUUCACCAGACCUGUUCUGGUCUCCCAGCUAGAGCGAGGGGAGCUGCCAUGGGGCCUGGAACCCUGGGAGCCUGCGGGCAGGGAAGCUCUCAGAGGCAUCUGUCCAGGAGGUGAGACCAGAGCUGAGAAGGAAGAAUCAACUCCAAAGGAACACAUUUCUAAAGAAAUGGAGUCCCACAGACUGACAUUAGGAGGGCUGCCAGGGAACGUUACCCAGCGCCUGGACUUUGGGAGCAGCCUAGAGCAACAGCAUGGUCACUGGAUAGCUAAGAAGACCAUGUCAAAGAGGAGAGAUUUCACAGCUGGGCCAACCAGCCAUCGCGACAACUGCACUGUCGGGAGUGGGGAGCACUGUGAGAAAUUUGGGGAAAACAUUAAUGUUAGCACACAACUCAUGGAUCAGACAGUUCCUAGUGGUCAGAUAUCAUAUGAAUGUAGAAAAUGUGGCAGAUAUUUUAGUCGAAUGGCAGAUUUUCAGGGAUGUCACACUGGUGAAAGGUCUUUCAAAUGCAAAGAAUGUGGAAAAGCCUUCAGAUACAACUCAUUACUUAUUCGGCAUCAGGUAAUUCACACUGGAAAGAAACCAUUUAAAUGUAAAGAAUGUGGAAAAGGUUUAAGUUCAGACACGGCCUUGAUUCAGCAUCAGAGAAUCCACACUGGAGAGAAGCCCUAUGAAUGUAAGGAGUGCGGCAAGGCCUUCAUUAGCAGUUCUGUUUUCCUCCAGCACCAGAGGUUCCACACUGGGGAGAAACUCUAUGAAUGUAAUGAAUGUUGGAAGACUUUCAGUUGUAGCUCAAGCUUUAUCGUCCAUCAGCGAGUGCACACUGGGGAGAAACACUACGAAUGUAAAGAGUGCGGGAAACGGCUAAGCUCCCCCACAGCCUUGACUCAGCAUCAGCGCAUUCACACAGGGGAGAAACCUUUUGAAUGUAAGGAGUGUGGGAAGGCCUUUAGUCAGAAAAUCACCCUGGUCCAGCACGAGCGAGUUCACACUGGUGAGAAACCAUACGAGUGUGAGGUGUGUGGGAAAACCUUCAGCUGGUGUGGGCGAUUUACUCUGCAUCGGAAACUACACACACAGAAGAUACCUGUUCAAGAGUAAGGUGGUCUGCAGCUGGGCAUGCUGUGCCUUGUUGUUUCUCCCCUUUCAUGUUCUU